AUGUGGAACUUAAUUCAUUCUAAUCCCAUAUGCUUUAAGAAAAAAAUAGCUCAAGUAUACAUUUUGAUUUUAUCUAGGAAUAAUUAAUGCAUUUAAACAACCUUUAAAAUUCUAAACCUUUGAUUAAUAACUAAUAACCAUGGAAACCAGAACAUUCACUAUCUAGACUUGUUAAUAAAUAUACUAAUAGUAUGGUUAUUUAAUUAAAUAUUAGCUCAUGAAAAGGAAAUAUCUGAAUCUAAUAGCAAAUUACUUAGGAAAAUGAUGGAGAUUUAAGAACGAAAUAAUACAAUUAAAUAACCAACAGCACAUGGUUCUUUAGAAAAUUUGAGAAAAAGAGAAUAAAAUAAAAUAUGCUCAGAAAACCAAACUAUUUUGAAGCGAUUAUAGUCUGCUAAUUCAGCUUAUUCUAAAAAAAAUUGGGUUAGUGAUAUCGAAAAAGUUAAAAAAUAUAGAGAGAAUUUAUAAAGAAGAACAAGUAAAUAAUAUAAAUAGGAAUAGGAACUAAUGAUGAUUUAAAUUUAUUAGCAGCAUAAGAAUAAGUCAAAAGGACUCUUUUUAGUCAAUCAUCAUCAAGAAGUAUAAUCUUUUAUUAAUUAGAAUUAAAAACAAGUCAAGGUCCUAGAACAACAACUUAUGAAUCAUUAUAUUGA